UGUGGAUGUGGAUGUGGUGCUGACUAACUGACUAACGGCGGCGGCGGCGGUGGAGGAGGAGGAGGAGCGGGACUUUGUGUCGGAGAUGUGUAGGCCCAUUUCAUCAUGGAUGAAGAAAACGCAGAAUUUGCAACCCCAGAAGAAAAAAUUAUAUAUUGGAAAGACUUGGCCCUGAAAUAUAAGAAAAGUUUUCAGGAAACACGGGAGGAGCUGGAAGAAUUCCAAGAAGGAAGCAGAGAGCUUGAAGCCGAGUUGGAAGCACAGUUGGAGCAGGCAGAACACAGAAAUAGAGAUUUAGUGUCUGACAACCAAAGACUAAAGCUAGAUUUGGAGGUAUUAAAGGAAAAGCUUGAACAGCAGUAUGCACAAAGUUAUAAGCAGAUAUCUAUGUUAGAAGAUGACUUGGGUCAAACCAGAGGCAUCAAAGAUCAACUGAAUAAAUACGUUAGGGAACUGGAGCAAGCAAAUGAUGAUUUAGAAAGAGCUAAAAGGGCUACAAUAGUAUCUCUGGAGGAUUUUGAACAACGGUUGAAUCAAGCAAUUGAAAGAAAUGCAUUUUUAGAAAGUGAACUUGAUGAGAAAGAAUCGCUUCUUGUUUCCGUUCAGAGGUUAAAAGAUGAAGCACGAGAUCUGCGACAAGAGUUAGCAGUAAGAGAAAGGCAGGAAGUAACCAGAAAAUCUGCCCCAAGUUCGCCAACACUGGAGUGCGAGAAGAUGGAUACGGCUGUUCAAGCCUCCCUCUCUCUCCCAGCUACACCUGUAGGAAGAACAGCAGACAAUGGGUUUGCUUCACCCAGAGCUGUACCAAAUGGCUAUGGCACGUCUCCUUUAACUCCAUCAGCCAGACUAUCUGCACUAAAUAUUGUUGGUGAUCUUUUAAGAAAAGUAGGGGCCUUAGAAUCAAAGUUAGCAGCAUGCAGGAAUUUUGCAAAGGACCAAGCGACGCGGAAGUGUUACAGUUCAGGGAAUGGCAUCGGCACGGCGAUGGUCAACAAUGCAAAGUUUUCAAAUUCAGGCUUUACAACGUACUUUGACAAAGGAAAAGAGAAAGUCUUUUUCACCAAGUAUCUCAUGGGCCAGACAAUACUGCAGGAUGCAGACAGAGUAUUGAAGGAAGUCGAAUCUCCAGAAAUAGACCCAACAGGAAACCAAAGGCAGUAAAUGGUCUAGACCAAGGACCUGCUGGAAUUGGAUCAGCUCCACCUUCCUCCCCACCUGGCAUGCUGCCACUCAGUGUCUGACAGCCAUACUGCACCUUUUUUUUAAACAAAAAUGUAUAUCAACAGGAUAACCAGUUGGUUACCAGCUGGCUACCAAUGGAGUGCACUGCAGUGUGUAGGAAUUUCUGGACUUCUGUUUCAUUUGUUCCGGACAAGAUUUUCAGUUUACUGGUUUGCCGCCUUUACCUCUGAUAAUGUAACGUUAGAUUUCAUAUCCACAUUAAUGCUAUUCCUAUUGUGCGUUACAGCAACAGACUUGUAUAUUGAGCAUUCGAAAUUUAACUUCCAAGCAGUAUUGGAAAAGUCGACAUAUUGAAAGACAAGGUGGUAUAUAUGGUCUUUGUUCAUGCCACCUGUAAGGUUGUAACUCUCCAGAUAGUUGGUCUAGGUUUCUUGCUUAUGUGCCUGGACUUGGUGAUAUUUUAAAACACCAAUUCCUGUAAUUUUUAUGUUGUACUGUAAAAUUUUUGAUUUCUAAUGUCAGAUUUAUUAAGAUAUAUUUAAGCACUAUUUAAGUGCAAAUGGUUUGUUUUUUAAAAAAUGCAGAUGUUGGAUAACUAAAACAUAUACACUUUAUUUGAAUUAUUUGCGGCAUUUGUUUCUAUGCAUCAACUCAAAUCACUUUUACUUUUUAUUUUGCAUAAUUCAGAAUUGUGUUGCCUGUUUACAUAGUGUUACUGUAUAUGUUUGUAAACAAGACUCUCAAGACACUUGUACAUAGCUUGUGCUUUGUAGCAUUAUUUAUUCAGAUUCUAUAUGGCAUGUUUAAUAAAUGAAAGUUUACCAUACACGGUUGUAACGAAUCAUGAUCGGUUGUAGAAUCUUGCGAUAAUAAAUGUGUUCUUUCAACA